CCGCAGCUGAAGGACACCGGUGGUGGCCACGCCAUGCUCCUUGCAUUCUGGAACGGACCUGGGGGCGAUGGAGUCCGACGAGGACUACCAGUCCCCCUUUGAUUUUGCCGGCGGAGUGAACACGGAGUACCUGUACCUGUCUCCCAGGGGGCACCUGUCGCCGCCCGGCUUGCCUGUGCCGCAGAGACUGGGCCUGCUGAGAACAGACCCAGUGCCCGAGGCUGGGGAGGAUGCUGCUGCCACGAUCAGUGUCACGGAGACCCUGUCCGAGGAGGAGCAGGAAGAGCUGAGGAGCGAGCUCACCAAGGUGGAAGAGGAGAUCCAGACUCUGUCUCAGGUGCUGGCCGCGAAGGAGAAGCACCUGGCGGAGAUCAAGCGGAAGCUGGGCAUCAGCUCCCUCCAGGAGCUCCGGCAGAACAUCGCCAAAGGGUGGCAGGAUGUGACGGCGACGCCUGCAUACAAAAAGACAUCUGAAACCUUGUCUCAAGCCGGACAGAAGGCAUCGGCUGCUUUUGCAUCGGUGGGAUCGGUCAUCACCAAGAAGCUGGAAGAUGUCAAAUUGCAAGCCUUUUCCCACUCCUUUAGUAUUCGCUCCAUUCAGCAUUCAAUUAGCAUGCCUGCUAUGAGAAACUCCCCGACUUUCAAAUCAUUUGAAGAGAAAGUUGAAAACUUAAAGGCAAGUAGAGAGUCUAAAGUAGGGGGGCCCAAGCCUGCCGGAGGCGAUUUCGGGGACGUCUUGAACUCGACUGCCAGUGCCACGGCCACAGAGCCUCAUCCGGAGCAGACGCGGGCGGGCCCGUGAGGUGCUGCUGCCUGUCCCACCACUGCCAGCUGCUGCCAGCGAGACCCAAGCACAUCCUGUCAGCGUUCAUCGCCGUGAUCCCACCCACGUGCUUUCGUUUAGCCUUGUGUAUUCCUUUGACUAAGUAGUCUGUGGGUUAAACAAAAUAAAAUAUCUUCACCUC